AUGGCUGAGCCGAGACCAACCGAAGUGGCCCCAGUACUAGCUGCGACCACGAACUCGCACAACGACGUCCCUGAAGUCAAGGAACCCGAAGCAUCAACUGUUGCUGAGCCCACAACGAGCAACGAUGAAGCCAUCCUUGGGGAGCGCGAGCUCAAAGAAGCGCCAACUCGCAGCGUCUGGCUAGCAUGGCUCUACAUGUUCGACUGGUACCCUUCUCAUUACCCAAAGGAGGAGCGCAAGUUCUUGCGCAAGCUCGACGCCUUUAUGAUGACCUUUACCUCCAUCGCGUUCUUCCUCAAGUGGCUUGACCAGUCCAACGUCAACAGCGCCUACGUGUCGGGGAUGCGAGAGGAGCUGGGCCUCUACGGCAACGAGUACUCCAAAUUCCCCAUGUUUUACAACAUUGGAUACGUCAUCUGUCAGGUUCCGGCCAUGCUGGUGUUCUCUCGGCCUCAGUUCACCAGAUGGUUCUUGCCAAGCUGCGAGGUCCUCUGGAGUCUCUUGACAUUUGCACAGUCGCAGUUGAACACCGCGGGACAGAUCUACGGCACACGAUUUUUGCUCGGUGUUUUGGAGACGCCGGUGGCAUCGGGUUGUCUCUUCAUUUUGUCGUCGUGGUACAAGCCCGAGGAGUUGUUCAAGCGAGCGGGCUUGUGGUACGUAUCCAACAACAUUGGCGUCAUGUUCGGUGGGUAUCUGCAGUCUGCGGCAUAUACCAAUCUCAAUGGCGUUGGUGGCAUGUCUGGUUGGCGAUGGCUUUUCAUUAUUGAUGGUUCCAUCUCCCUGCCGCUCUCCAUCCUUGGCUUCUUCAUCUUCCCCGGGAUGCCGAUGAGUGGCAAAAUCUGGUGGAUGAAGGAAGAGGAGCACGCCCUCGCGCAGCUCCGCCUGAGGGAAGUCGGCGUCGAAGCUCCCAAGAAGAUCACAAAAGCCCUGUUGAAGCGCAUCUUCCUUCGCUGGCACUGGUACCUCGGUGUACUCGCCUAUAUCUUGUUUCUUUCAGGUGCCUACCCACAUGGCCAGAUGGCAAUUUGGCUCAAGGACCUGGGUGACAAAUAUGGCACGUACACCGUUCCCCAGAUUAACGAAAUCCCAACUGCCGCGCAGGGCGUCUCUGUGAUCUCGACAAUCAUCGCCACAAAUCUAUGCAUGGUGUAUCCCACUUGGAUUAUCUACACCAUUAUCAUGAGCCUUUUCAUGUUUGCAAAUAUUUGCAUGAUGGUGUGGGAUAUUCCUCAUGACCUAAAAUUCACAGCAUUCAUGCUCUUUGGCUGCUCUGCCGCCGUUACGCCAAUCCUAGCACCGACAGUCAACUGGUGGCUCAAAGACUCUGCCGAAGCUCGUGCCUUCUUCAGCGGGAGCAUGAUUACCCUUGGAUUUGCCGUGAACAGCUUCUACCCAUUGGUGACGUUUCCGGUUGUCGAAGCACCGCGGUGGAAGAAGGGUUACAUUGUCAACUUUUUCUUCAUCUUAGGUGCUUGGGGUUUCUUGACGGCGGGAUAUUUUCUGCACCAAAGGGCCGAGAAGAAGCAAAAGCUGAGGGAAGCUGAGCUGGCGCUUGAUGAAGACAAUGUGAAAGGCGAAAGUGUCAAGCAUGUGGCAUGA